UUCAUAGCCCCAGCUCAGCUCAGCUCCAAGUCGCUGCGACUGAAAAGUUGCAGAUUUUAGAUUUUGGGCUUCGGAGACAAAUCCUAAAGGGCUAAUGUGGGUAAGCAAGAGAUGAUGAAGAUGCAACUCUCUUCAACUCAAUCAAGAGCAAGAGGAAUACCCUUUUCAACUCUUUCAUUUUCCUCUCCCACCAUCGUCAGUUCUGGCAACUCCAGGUCUCUUUCAGUGUGUGGCUUUUGUAGGACCUUUCAGCCAAAUAAAGUGGUCAUCAACUGCCUAAUACUUUCAGCAAUGAGCAAUGCCUGUAUAACUAGAUUCAGCAGGAUUCACCAUAAAUCUGUGACACCAUUUUACUCAAAUAGAAGGCAUGAAAAUGGAAUAUGCAGAAAAUUUUCAACCUGCACAGCACCAUUGAUAUCUAAAAUUGCCCCACUUAUUGUCAGUACUCCCCCAUCACUAGUGGCAGCUGCAAGUGUGCCUCCAAAUGAUACAGUCCAGCGUUCUGAUGAAUGGUUUGCACUUAGAAGGGACAAACUGACUACAAGCACUUUCAGCACUGCCUUGGGUUUUUGGAAGGGAAGCCGUAGAGCGGAGCUCUGGCAUGAGAAAGUAUUUGCCUCUGAGGCACAAACUAUUGAAGGUUCUAGAAGGUUUGCUAUGGAGUGGGGUGUGCUCAAUGAAGCGGCAGCUAUAGACAGAUACAAAAGCAUCACUGGUCGUGAUGUGAGCUCAUUAGGAUUUGCAGUCCAUGAAGAGGAGAGAUUAGAUUGGAUUGGGGCAUCCCCAGAUGGGCUUCUCGGUUGCUUUCCAGGAGGUGGCAUCCUAGAAGUAAAGUGCCCAUAUAACAAAGGAAAGCCUGAGACUGCUCUUCCUUGGUCAACUAUGCCCUUUUACUACAUGCCUCAGGUGCAGGGCCAAAUGGAGGUGAUGAAUAGAGACUGGGUUGAUUUGUAUUGCUGGACACCAAAUGGAAGCACAAUCUUUCGUAUUUAUAGGGAGCAUGAUUACUGGGAGCUAAUACAUGGGAUUUUACGUGAGUUUUGGUGGGAAAAUGUAAUUCCUGCUAGGCAAGCUCUGGCAUUGGGGAGGGAAGAGGAGGCCAAGUCAUAUAAACCAACACCCACACACAGAAUGACAGGGCUGGCAAUUGUUAAGAGCUUGAAAUUGGCCACUGAGGCAAAGUUAUUGUGUAGGGAGAUUGCAGGUCAUGUUGAAUUUUUCAGAUGAUGGUUCCAAAUUAUAAAGUUGAGAUAAAAAGGGAUUAGUCAAGCAAAUUCUGGAAACAAAGGAGAGAUGGAUUCAGGGUUAUCCUGGGCUGAUCAAUGGGAUAAUAAUGACAACUCUGACUCUCUCCCAUUCCCAACUGCUCCUGAAAAAAACGACAAGAAUGGAAAAGAUGGAUCUAAGAACAAGUCAAUGAAGGGAUUGUUAAGCCUCAAAUGGAUAAAAGAGCUCCGCAAGAAAACUAAAAAAUAAUCCAAGUUUGUUGGGUUGUUCAUUCACACAAUCAAGCAUCAUUCUGAUCUGAUUCAAUUGUGACUAACCAUUAUUUAGACUUUGUUUUCUCUUAUAAUUUUACUUUAUAUGAUGUUAUGUUGCUGCUAUUGGAGAUAACAAAUGAUGUAAGCAAGGAAAUGUGCAAACAUGUUUCAGAUUUGGAAUGUUACAAGAAAUGUUCUUAUUAUCAA